GCACAGUUGACUUGGCACACCAAACACACACAGCCGGCCAUGAGUGCUUCAGGCACUACCUCUAGUCAGGCGAGCUCUGGGGGACCCAUGAAAUCCUCUGCCAUCAACUUCCCCUUCUGUCCAGAGAUUGGAAAGUAUGAGCGAUUGGCCAAAGUUGGCCAGGGAACUUUUGGGGAGGUGUUUAAGGCUCGCAAUAGGAAGACAAAUGCACUCGUAGCUCUUAAGAAAGUACGGAUGGAGAAUGAGACUGAAGGGUUCCCCAUGACUGCACUGAGGGAGAUACGGAUACUGCAACUGCUCGACCAUGAGAACAUUGUGUCCCUUAUUGAGAUCUGUAGGACCAAAGCGACUCCGUACAACAGAGAGAGAGGAAGCAUUUACCUCGUGUUUGAAUUCUGUGCCCACGAUCUAGCUGGCCUCCUCAGUUGUGAAGAUGUCAAAUUCUCCUUGGCAGAGAUAAAAUCGAUCAUAAGCCAGUUAUUCAAUGCCCUUCACUUUACCCACAACAGCAAGAUCCUUCACAGAGACAUGAAAUCUUCAAACGUCCUCAUCACAAAAGACGGGAUUCUAAAACUAGCCGAUUUUGGACUUGCUCGUGCCUUGUUAAAAGGAGCUGCCCGCUAUACGAACAGAGUGGUGACCCUGUGGUAUCGACCCCCGGAGAUCUUACUAGGUGAGAGGAAUUACGGUCCUCCCAUUGAUAUGUGGGGCGCUGGGUGCAUUAUGUGUGAGAUGUGGACCAGACGUCCCAUCAUGCAGGGAGAAACAGAGCAGCAUCAAAUCUUUCUCAUCUGUCAGCUUUGUGGGUCAAUAAUGCCCGACAUCUGGCCAAGCUGUGACAAGUUGGAUCUGUACACGAAAUUGGAGCUGCCUAAAGAGUGUCAGACAUCCAGGAGGUGGUGGAUAGGUUCCUGA